AUGGGUGUUGGCGUGAGUGUUCUUAUCCGCAAUGAAAGAUUCACGUUCAAAGUACCUAGCCCUGCUGGAUCAUCAUAUGUUGUCUUCUCCCAAAAGUAUUCAAUAUCGAAGAGUGUUUCUUGGAUCACAGAUGUUGGUUCAUCCAUUGACAUACCAAUGACAGUUAGCGUAUCUUUGCUCAGUGCCAACAUCAGUACAUCCACGGCAACAUUUGGAUUGAAGUCCAUGGUGUCCAUAACCAACCCCAAUCAAGUGUUCCAGACCACUCUAACAUAUGAUCCAUAUCCAUCAAUAUCUUCGUACACCAAAACCAGAGUUAGUAGUACUAGUAUCACCUUCUUUGGAUACUUUGGCAAUAUAUUUGAUAAGGUAUUAGUUACAAUCAAUGGAGCCAGUUGGACAGUCACCAACUCAAACUCAUCCAUGAUCCAAUGUACCAACAAUGGAAAUCUAAAAAGUGGAUAUGCAGAGCUCUCACUCAUAGUCAAUGGUGAAUCAUUCAUUUCAAAUCGUACCUUGGUCAUAUUCCCAGAUGAGAUACCAGAUGAUUGUGGAGCACAAUCCAGUUGUAAUGGAAAUGGAAACUGUGUGAAUGGGAGAUGUCAAUGCUCAACAGGCUUUGGAGGCAACUAUUGUGAGUCUAAAGGAUCAACUACUGGAGUGGACAUUACAUCGGACGCCGUCCGCCCAGCCACAACAAUCAAGACUGCCAACGAAACAUUUAUGUUUGCAAUCAUAGGUGUACAGGAGUUGGAUGUCUAUGGUGAUCCAGUCAACUUGGUGUCAACAGUAGAUAACUUAUCAUAUGACAUUUCUACCCCCAUACCUGGCGUGACAUCAUACAUGUACAACCUGUCAUCACCCACCCCUGAUCAAUCAGACUUGAGAGUGGCACUUCAGAUUGAUGUGUCUACUGUUCCAAGGACUGUUGACUUUGCAGGACAGAGUGUAUCAUACCCUGCCAACUCUGUCAAGCUCACCAUGACAAUCGAUAACUGGACAUUCAAGUCGAACUUGAACUCACUUCGAGUGUUGCUUCACAAGGAUGGAUCAUUGAUCAAUGACACCAGUCGUUGUGGAACAAAGAAUGUGGUGUCAAUUGAUCAGUUGGACAAUGUCCAAUACCUCAAGGUGAUCAACAGCAAUGGUGUCGAACUAUUUGGUCGAUUCCUACAUUAUGCAUUGUCCGAUGGCAGACCUGCCAUCUCACGCAAUGAGAUCAUCAACACCACUGACACAUCAACAUUGAUCGGUAUCAAUCUCCCACAUUGUCUUCAACGAUGUAUUGUUGACCCUGACUUUACAGUGUUGUUCUCUGAUGCCAAUUUAUUGGACCCAGAUUACAAUGAUGAGUGUAAAGGUGGCAAGGAUAACAAAGGUUUGGCUGGAAGUGUAUCAUGGAAGCUCAUAGUGAUCAUUGUCAUCCCGAUUGUAGCCACAUUCAUAAUCAUCACAGUUUUAAUAGUUGUGAUCGUUCACAAGCUUCAUGGUAGACGACUCAAAGAUGUAGUGUCACAUAAGUUAAAGAAGAUGUCAAGGAGCAAGAUGUCAAGGAUGAGAUUGGCAGAUACAGAUACUAAAGUUCACUAUCAAUCAAACAAAUAA